AUGUCUGCUCCCAUCAAUACAUCCGAGCCCUGGUCCCUCGCCGGCAAGACGGCCGUCGUCACCGGCGCCUCCCGCGGCAUCGGCAAAGCCAUCGCCAUCCACCUCGCCCGCAAGGGCCUUACCAACAUCGCCAUAACCUACGCCGCCAACCAAUCCGCCGCCGACGACACCAUCGAGAAGUGCCGCGCCCUCGGCGUCAAGAACGCCGUCGUCAUCAAGGCCAACGCGCUCAACCCAGACGCCUGGCCCGACGUGAUCAAGCAGGCCCUCGGCGCCCUGAAAGUCGACACCAUCGACAUCCUCGUCAACAACGCCGUCCUCGCCAGCAUCGACCACUACAAAGCCACGCCCGAGCUCAACGCCGACAACUUCUCCGCCGUCAUGGUCGCCAACGUGUACGCCCCCGUGGCGACCACAAUCGCCUACAUGGAGCACGCGGCACCCAAGGCCGGCGGGCGCGUGAUUAACAUCUCGAGCGUGGCUGGUCGCCUCCCCAACGGGAAUCCCAUGAUUACAUACGGCGCGAGCAAGGCUGCGCUCGACAGUUUCACGCGCUCCUUUGCUGAUCAGUUUUCUUCUGAGAAGGGUAUCACGUUCAACAGCGUCAUCGUGGGGCCGACUCUUACGGAUGCAUUUGAGGAGGUCACAAAGUCUAUGCCGAAGGAGCUCAAGGAUAAGUACAUCACAGAGACGUCUGCUGCUCCGAGGUUCGGAGAGCCGGAGGAUAUUGCUUACAUUGUCGGGUUCCUUGCCAGUGAGGAAGGCAGAUGGGUGAAUGGGGCUGCUGUCAGCGCCAAUGGCGGAUUCAGGAGCAUGCUUGCGGCCCUCGAUUAUUUUUGCGCGGACCCGACAACCUGCAAACGCUCAACCCAUCAACCGCUGCCCUCGCGCAGCUUGGAUCACGCGAUGAUGGAUUACAGCGACCUAUCCUCCUCGUACAAGCGGUACAAGCUCAAGACCGCUGAAGCCCUCGACUGGCUCGUCCUCGAAGCGAGCAAACUCAAGACUGCAAUCACUUCUCCCCGCCAGUACAAAGUGUGGGAGUUGGUGGAUCUGGCCAUAGCAUGUGCAAACGCUGGGCGAGUGAUGCCGAAGGAGACGAGGAAGGCGCUGGAGGAGUCGCUCUGCCUCCGCCGUCGAUGUGCGGAGUGGUUUCUACAGCACGGCUCAGAAGCCGCGAAUGCAACUCAUACCUUUUUCAACGAGAGCCUUCAGAAGAUUCUUGAUGCCUUUGCUCAUCCCAAGCCAGAGGCGACUCGACCCUCCGCCUCCCCACCCACGAGCAAGUCCCCCUCCGCGACGCUGUCGGACCGAGACACAUCCCAAACCAACUACUUCGCCAUCCUCGCCGACGAUGACGACGUUCAUUACCAAUCCUCUGAUGAAGACGUCUCUGCUGGUCUAUCCACAGGCAAUGGUGUGACCAGGUCAGACCGAGCCGCAACCAAGAAGACAUCACAAGCAGAGCAUGGUUCCCAAGAGGCCGAACAGAGUGGCUGGGUAGCCUUUGAUGACGACCAGUUGAUGGAACUCGGUUGUCUUCUCAAAGAUUGCCGCGAUAUUCGUCUUUUCCUGCAGCGGCUGUGGACAGGAUAUUCAAGCUCCAAAGUCGACCUCGUCACCGCAUGGCUUGUAACUCAGGCAGGCUUCCAGCAUCUCGUUGACCUUGAGACCGUCUUCAUCCAGAAGUACCCUUACCUUGACAACCUGGAGUCAAUGUCGAACGCCAUGUACUGUUUCUGUGGGCUAGGACAGAGCUCCUUCUGGCCCGAUAGUGCGGCAGAGGGCUCAAAGCGCUGGGAUGACAAGACUCUCCGGAACGUCGACAAAAAGCUAUGGCUGUCGGAGUCAAAUAUGAAAGACUGGCUGCUUUGCGACGUCUCAUUCAUGUUGGAGAACCUAGACAGCGAGUCGAACCUAGAAGCUAGAAUCAAGGACGAGCCCUGGAGCCUUCCGGAGAUCCCACUUUUUCAAGUGAAAGGUCUCGAGCACCGGAGGCUCUAUGAUCUUCAACACGAGUCUCUGGCAGCAGGAAAAUCUGUGGCCUGUCUCGACCUUCUCACAUCCCGCCUGGUCUCAGAACCAUCGAAAACGACAGGCUCUCCCGUCCUUCUCAGCACGGCGGCAAUGUGCAGGACCUAUCUCGACAUCUUGAACAUACCAGACUUGAUGUCACGGGUCACUACAGACCUGGUGAAAUACCUGAACUACAGACCAUUGCAAGACGCAAGGUCUUUCGCCCGCCUCAUGACGCAAGCUGGCAACGAAGUCACGGCCUGGCAACAUUACCGAUUCGCUCUGCUUCAUGGCUCGGAUGGAAAACCAUUCAUCCAAAACCCGAUCCUCCUUGGUGGCCUUCUCUGCAGCGUGUCAGUUACGUCACAUUUGGCGGAGACUUUCAGUGUCAGCUAUUCCGGAUCCCUCAUGGCUGUCGCUCACCAGUACAACGCUCUUCGCAUUUUGAGCCUCGAUACUGUGCCUCGUUGGAAGGAUCUCGAAGUCUUGAUCGAGUUACAGAAGGCAGCCAUCUUUGCUCCGGAGCCACCUCAGACCUUUGAUCAAUGCAUCAUUCGGUUUUGGCGCUCCCAAGGGCUCAGGCUGAGCGAGAUCAGAACCAAAACCACUACCGCCGACCGCUUGGCUUUAGCCGCGCAGAGGGUUGUCCCCCUGCAUCGUCACCUCAAGCAGAUCUCGAAGACCGACCUGACUCCUGAAGACAUUAACAAAGGUCUCAACUUCCACAUCAAAUGCGAAUCACAGAGGAAUACUUUCGGGUUUCGCAGGGAGUUACGCGGCAUCCCGCUGCUCGAACAUCUCUUUUACGCCUGGGAGAAAACAGGGAUUUGGAAGCUAUCACUCAGUGACAGGGUUGUGAGAAGCGCUGUCGAGGCUGACCUGGGAAAACUUCGCGGUUCCCAGGCUGGAAACCGUCCUCUCAGCGCUGUGGACCUCCCGGCAGUUGUCUGGCUUGGCCAGUUGCAAAAGAUGUUUCAGCGAGAGACACCUGAGAUGUUCUUUGACUAUGCGUAUCUGGAACGCCGGGUCAUUAACCAGUUGUGCAAAGAUAGCGCGUCUUCUGACCACGUUGCAAGAUUCUUUGAGAACCCUGACCGAGGACUGUCUCAGUGGAUGAGCCACAUGUCCAACAAGUCGAACCUCGCGGUAGUCUCCGAUCAUUGGAAGGCUUGGUGCAAGGAACUGGGCAUGGUGAUUCCUUCUAACAUUCUUUGA